AUGGCGUAUCACGGGCAUGUCCCGAACGUGGCGUUCUCCUUUGGUGACACCUACGGGAACACGACGAUGAAAUACUUCCAGGAUUUCCGCAGCGCCGUCAUGAAGAGCAGCCGCAGCCCCUACAGCAAAGGGGGCUACUUCCCCACCCUCUUCUCCUACGACCCGGGGCUGGUGCUGGAGAGCCGGGCGCGGACCUGGAACAGGUGGCUGCACAUCCCUUCCUACUCCCGGUUCAACCUGGAUAUCAACCGUUUGGGAGAGCUGCAGGAGUUUUACAAGCUUUCCCAGAAGCACCGCGAGCACUACCAGGACAAGACCGGGACCGUGCACGGUGUCCCCUACUUUGUGCUGCCGGUGAAGGAAGGGGACAGAUACCCUCACCCUCUGGAUCUCCCACCGCUGAACGCCAAGACCAUGUGGCACCUCUUCCGCGUGUCUCCAGAGAACCUGCGGACCUACCAGACCUUCCCCUCGGGCAAGCGGGUGACCAGCCAGGAGAGGGAACUCAGAGAUAGCUUCUUCGAAUUCAGAGCUUGAGGCAUGCGGGGGGGUAUCCCUUCCCUGCCAGCUGGACUUCUGGAGGAGGUUACAUUCCCAGAGGGAGAGACCGUGGGAAAUAAAGCCCUGA